CCCUCUAUAUAUCUCUCUCUUUCUCUCCCUAUUUCUUCGUGUGUGCUGGCUUCUCUUCUCAGUAGGGUCCCUAUCAGUUGCGGGUAGAGGAAGAAGUAGAGAGAUCAAGAGAGGAGGAGUUUUGGGAUUACCUAGCUAGCUAACCUUCUAUUUUUGCCACCUUUUUCCCGCCCAAAUCUUGUCCACCAAUCUAGCUCAAUUCGAUAACGAGAGCUUAUGAUGUUGAAUAACAUUUAUGAAUCAUUGAUGAUAAGAAUAUUUGGCCUUUAGGGUUCUCUCUUUUCUUGGUCUCUCUCUUUCUCUCUCUCAUUUAACCCUACUCGUUAUCCCUUCUCCCAUUCCUCUCUUCCCCAGCUUUUUUCCUUGUAGAGUGUGUGAUGUUCUUUAUUUGACUUCCUUGGGAUCCAAUCCGACAACUGGACAAGCACAUUUUUAGGCUGGAGUGAAAAAAGGGGGUCAGGGUUCAAUUUCCAAGGAGAAGUUAUAAAGUGCUUUUGUUGUCUUGUUUCCUUUUCUGAUUUUAGGAGCUUCCUCUAUAGUUGGAGUGAAGUUGAGAGCUAGAGCAGCCAAAAGUUUCUGUCUUAUCCUUCUACUUUUGGAGAAAAAACGGUUUUGCUUUGUUGAAUUCAAGGAAGUUUCAGUCAACAAUACAGAUCUCUGUGGGUUACAAGGACUAGAGAUCGAUCUUGGUUUUUUUAUCCGACUCGAGGCCUAGCAGGAUCAGAAAAUGAAUUCUUUUACACACGUUCCUCCUGGUUUUCGAUUCCAUCCUACCGAUGAAGAACUUGUCCAUUACUAUCUUAGGAAAAAAGUAAAUUCAAGAACGAUUGACCUAGAUGUCAUUAAGGAUGUCGAGCUUUACAAGAUUGAGCCUUGGGAUCUUCAAGAACUAUGCCGAAUAGGAACCGAGGAGCAAAAUGAAUGGUACUUUUUUAGCCACAAAGAUAAGAAGUAUCCUACUGGCACUCGCACAAAUAGAGCCACUGUUGCAGGAUUUUGGAAAGCAACAGGUAGAGACAAGGCAAUUUAUUCGAAGCACGACUUGAUCGGAAUGAGGAAGACCUUAGUCUUUUAUAAAGGUCGAGCUCCGAAUGGACAGAAAUCGGACUGGAUUAUGCAUGAGUACAGACUUGAAACAGAUGAAAAUGGGACUCCACAGGAAGAAGGUUGGGUUGUGUGUAGGGUGUUCAAGAAGAGAAUACCAACGAUGCCAAAAGUGAGUGAGCAUGAAUCAGUUUGCUGGUAUGAUGAUCAAGUUGCAUUCAUGCAUGACUUGGAUUCACCAAAGCAAAACUUCCAGCCUGACUUGGGUUAUCAAUUCCCUUACUCCUGCAAGAAAGAGCUGGAUUUUCAGUACCAAAUCCCUCAUGAUCACUUCCUCCAGCUCCCACUUCUACAAAGCCCUAAACUUCUGCAAUCGGCUCCUACAUUAAGUUGCAAUUCGAUCAAUGCUGCAUAUGGCCUAGACAUAAACCAGACAAGCACUUUGCAAUCCUCAACACUCACUCAAGAAGAUCAAGUUCAACAGACACGAGAGCAAAGAUUUCCCACCAUCUAUGGUAACAACAACAGCAAUCAUGAGCAAGCAGUUGAUCAAGUCACAGACUGGAGAGUGCUUGACAAAUUUGUUGCUUCUCAAUUGAGCCAUGAAGAUGUGAUCAAGGAAACUAACCACCCAAAUGCUAGCAACAACAUUUUCAACACAUCAUCAGUCCAGGCAGCAAACAUACUUGUUAGACACUUGAAUAAGCAAGAAGCAUCCGUGCAGGAAAACGCCUCGACGUCAACCUCCAGUUGUCAAAUUGAUCUAUGGAAGUGAUGAUAUCAAGCCAAAAUCUAUUAUUCAUGGCAUAAACUGAUCAUAGGAUGUUUCAGUUUGAAAGCCAAGGGAAAUUAUUAUGAUUUUAAUUAAGUUCAUGUACAUAAUAAAACAUAAAACAACAUAUGUAGCUUUAACUGUUGUUGUUCUAGCAAUAGCACAUAUAAAUUAAGUUAAUACUACAAAACUAGACUAUCGAAAACCAUUAUGUUUAAUUUCUUGUAAGAUGAAAUGUUUCUUAAGUGGAUUGUGGGAGUUGAGAGUUGGUGUGAGUAAA